UUCUGUUUUCCGCUCUAGCGGCUUGCGUUUCUCCGGGUAGCUCUCCACUGACUUUCCUCGCAGAGCGCCACCCAUCUCCCCCGCUUUAAACUCCUGUCUCCGUUCACCUUUGCAUUUGGACGCGCAUCCUUUCAUCCAGAAGCAGGCAGCAGCCCGAGUGUCUCAGUAGCCGGAACCGUGGGCUUUAUAAGGAAAUGAUCUCACCGGAGCUUAAUUUCAAUUUAUUUACGAGUGACCUUUCACAUUACUUCAAAACCCAAGUAAAAGUCGGGCUAUUUGGCUCUGGGGUUGGACUGUCAGUAGUGCUCGGAUUCAGCGCCGCUUAUGCCUGCUAUUACCUGAUCUCUGUGGCCAAGAAACCCAUACUGAUAGCUGGAGGAAAGAAGUUACAUCAGUUCCUGAGGGACGAAUGCCCCGUGGUCUCAGAGACGUACUACCCCACGUUCUGGUGCUGGGAGAGCCGGGUGCAAACGCUGCUCAGACCCUUCGUGACCGCCAAGCCCUGGGUCAACUACAGAAAUGAGCUCAUUACAGCACCAGAUGGAGGCCAGAUCUCUCUGGAUUGGUUUGACAAUGAUGAGAGCGCGUCCCACCCGGACCAGUCCACGCGACCCACUGUGCUGCUGCUCCCGGGACUGACGGGCACAAGCCGCGAAUCCUACAUUCUACAUAUGGUACAGCAAAGCCGGGAUCUGGGCUACAGAUGCGUGGUGUUCAAUAACAGAGGAGUAUCGGGUGAAAAGUUACUGACGCCUAGGACUUACUGUGCAGCGAACACAGAGGAUCUGGAGGUGGUCAUUGAACAUGUCCAGUGGACCAUUGACAAAGCUCCGCUCAUGGCGGCUGGGGUUUCUAUGGGCGGGAUGAUGCUGGCGAACUAUCUGGGUCGGAAGGGCUCUGAGGUGCGUCUGAAGGGAGUGGUGGUUUUCUCGGCAGGCUGGGAUGUGUUUGAGUGCACGGCUUCACUGGAAAAGCCCCUGGACCGCUUCCUCUUCAACUCCUACCUCACCAGCUGCCUGCAGGCAUCCGUGGACCGUCACAGAACCAUUCUUGAAAAAAAAUAUGACAUAGACCAUGUGAUGAAGGCUAAAACAAUCCGAGAGUUUGAUGAACGUUUCACAUCAGUCAUGUUCGGUUAUCCAUCCAAUGACGACUACUAUCGAGACGCGAGCCCCAUUCACAAGAUCAAGUCUGUGCAGGUGCCAAUGUUGUGCCUCAAUGCAGCGGACGAUGUCUUUUCCCCCAAUCAUGCCUUUCCAGUGGAGGCGGUGAAGCAGAACCCCAAUGUGGCCAUGCUCAUCACCUGUCACGGCGGCCAUAUUGGCUUUCUGGAGGGUCUGUGGCCACGGCAGAGCACCUACAUGGACCGAGUUUUUCGCCAGUUCACCAAGGCCGUGUUUGAGAACGGCAGCAGUCUAGAUGAUCUCCACUGACCUUCUCUUUCCAUUCCCUCUACAGCCAUGAGCAAAAAAAUCUGUAUACAUUUCCAAAAUGAAGGGCACAGGUUCACUUGAGGGCCAGGAUUGUUUUUUUAGUCUGUUCAUUUAUUUAUUUAUUAAUUUUAGUAGUUUUAUUUGAUUUGCAUUCAUGAAACAGAAAUUCUUCUUUGGCUCGCACACGUUCCAUCCGUUCAUCCAUUGCUGCACUUAUUUGUUUCUUAAUUGCAUGUCUGUGUAUGACUCUCUUAAUUAUGUAUUUUUAAAUAUGACUAAACAUCCACCUGGACCACUGAAUCACUCACUAGGUGAUAUUACUCAACAUGAAUCCACAUGAGAGAGAGAAUGUCCAGAAAAACAUAGUUUAUAGCCCUGAAACCUAUUGGGAGCAUGUCCAGGUUCACCACUAAAUCAAAAUUAAAAAAUGCGAAUAUAUGUUUGCAUAAAGAAAAAUGAAGCUUAAUUUUAGAAAUACUACUUUUUGACAUUAUUCUCAAGAGUACAUUUCCCCUUAUCCUUUUAGCAUAUAAUGCGUUAUUAAAUUACCAUUAAUUUCAAAUAGUGCCAUGAUGUAUACUUAUAAUAGCUUUGUUUUUAGAAAAAAAAAAAAA